GCUGUGGGAUGAACAUCCAGACAACAGUGGUUUUACGUGUAGCUGUGGGAUAAACAUCCAGACAACAUUGGUUUUACGUGUAGCUUGUGGAAUUAACAAGAGUGAUUAGAACGUUCAGUAGAUUGAUCUAAGAAAAUCAAUUGAAGUGAGGGAAAAGUGAUCCCGUGACUAAUUGAUUUGAGGUGAUCAGAGUUAGACUCAAAUUUCUGUGGAGUGAAAGUCAGUCAAAGUGAAGGAAAGUGUUCGUUCCUGUGACCGAUUGAUUUUCGCCAAACAAGUUGACUGAUCAAAAAUGGAUGAGCUGGAGCAGCGCAUUCUUGAUCUGUGUGAAGAAUUCACUAAGACUGGCCUAGCGAAAAGGUGCCAGCAAAAAGGGUUGCCCUCAACGGGAACCAAAGAAGAAAUGGCAAGAGCACUAGUGGAAAGUAAAGAAAUAUCCAGCGCGAAUGAUUCUACAAUGGAUCAAUUUCAUGACGCGGAUGAAAAAUCUGAAGCGGCAGCUAGCAGUGCAGCAGCGAAAGUGGAACCGAGCAUAGUGCAGCAGCCCUACUCCUUUAGGGACGUGGAAGAGGGAAUUGAGGCGUUUUGUGCAGAUGGCUCAGUAGAUUUUGCUGCGUGGCUGACAGAUUUUGAGGAAGUUGCGACCAUGGCGGGAUGGUCAGAUGAACAAAAAUAUGUGAUGUGUCGAAAAAAGUUGGUGGGCACAGCGAGAAGUUUUUUGCUAACGAUGCGUGGGGUCUCAUCGUUCAGGGCUCUUCGCAAGGCGCUAGUAGCAGAAUUCGGUGAAAAAGUGCGUCCGAUGGACAUUCAUCGUCAACUUGCAUCACGACGACGAAAAAAAGUGGAAUCUGCUUUGGAUUUCAUUUACUCUAUGCAGCGAAUUGCCAAACAGAUUGACCUUGACGAAGAAAGUGUGUGUGAGUACAUUGUUGAUGGUAUCGCGGAGAGCGAAGCGCAACGCUCGGCAUUGUACGAAGCGCGCACGGUGAGAGAGUUGAAAGAAAAAAUUGCCUGGCAAGAGCGUGCAGCGCAGAAACAAACACGUGCGGUGAGAUCUGCAUGGCACGAGCGCGCGGGGCAGAAAGAGAACAAAAGUUUGCCGGUUCAAGACACAAUUCCUGUGAAAAAUGCAACAAAAGCGCGGUGUCUUAAUUGUGGUGUGAUGGGACAUAUGGUACGGAAUUGUCCAGAACAAAGAAGUGGACCACGGUGUUUUCAGUGCAACGAGUUUGGGCAUCGUGCGAAUCAGUGUGGGCAAAGGAAUAAACAACAACCGGGUACAAGUGCAAACCUGAUAAACCAUGUCCAAGCUGAGCUACCGACAAAAAUGGUCCAGUUGGGGGGAAAAAAUAUAAAAGCGGUUAUUGACACAGGCAGCGAAGUGUCGAUUGUCCGUCAAGACACUUUUCAAGAUUUAGGGUGUGUACAGCAAAGGAUCGAACAAUCCAUACAACAAUUGCGUGGUUUUGGUGGAAUCAUACAAAAGCCGAUAGGCGAAUUGGUAACAAACAUUGGCAUCGAUGAAGUUGAAUACGAAAUCAGUUUGUUGGUGGUCUCUCCAAAUUCGAUGAAGGUUCCUAUGCUGGUAAGCAUGAAUUUUCUUCGAAGUGUUUGUUACGCUAUAACCAACGCUGGAGUGCAGAUUUCUAAGAAAAAAAAGUGA